GACUGCUCUCCUGUUUAUUUUCCUUUCCCUCUAGGCAAUGUGUGUAUGGUGAUUGGUGGAGCCAACCUCGGUCGUGUUGGUGUGAUCACCAACAGGGAAAGACGUCCUGGUUCUUUUGAUGUGGUGCGUGUGAAGGAUGCCAAUGGCAACAGCUUUGCCACGAGGCUUUCCAACAUUUUUGUCAUUGGCGAUGUAAGACUUCCACUCUCUUCACUUCUUUCUAAGAAGACUCACCCUAAAAAGCAUAAAGAUAAAGACCUGCAUCCGCUACUGGGCAAUAAACCUUGGAUUUCUCUGCCCAGAGGAAAGGGCAUUCGACUUACUAUUGCUGAAGAGAGAGACAAGAGGCUGGCCACCAAACAGAGCAGUGGCUAAAUUGCAGUAGCAGUGUAUCUUUUUUCUUUGCCGAAAUAAACAGUGAAUUCUGGUUUCCUAA